UAACACUUCCUAUGCUCUGGCCAUUUCCUUCGACUAUUAGCAUUUUAGCCUCAACACAGUCAUGGCAUCAUCAUCUCUGGUUUCAGAGCCCUGAGGUUCAGACUCGGUGAUUUGCCCAGGGUCACCUAGCUAAUGAGUGAGUAGCCCUGCCCGAAGUCACACACACAUACUCUGACCUCAUGCCCCUGGCUCCCCUCCACCACUGCUGCCUCUCGCUUUACUGGUACUUUAUCUCAGAGGCAAGGGAGCUCUCAGAGGGCCACGUGCUGGCCCAACCUAAAAAUAGCUCCCAUUUAUCAAGCACUUCGCUCUACUCUGCUAAGCACUUUGCACAGAUUACCUCUUCUAAUCCUCACAACCACCCUAUGGGCAUUACCGUCUCCAUUUUACAGAUGAGGAAACAGACCUGAGAGAGACUGUGAUGUGUGGCAAGUCGCACAAGCUAGUUGGUGAUGGAGCCAAAAGUGAGUCCAGGUAGUCCAGCUCCAGAGGGCAGACUCUACCUUCCCCACCACUAGGGGGGUGGCGGAGGGGAUGGGGACAGACCCUGAAAAGGGCGAGUUGACAAGACUUUACAGCUCCCUGAACACGGCACAGAGAGAGGGGCCGUUAAAGGUGAAAGGUGUGCGUGUGAACCGCUGAGCCUGCUAAGCCAGGAGCCCCAUUGUAUGAUCUGUGUGCGGGGCCAGGGGAGCUGUUUGAAGCUCAAAGCCUACCACACCCACCCCCACCCCACCCCCGGGCUGUGUGAGCGGGCCACCUCAGUCCUCUUGCGGCUAUUCUGGGCUGCUGUCUGAUCUCCCUCUCUUCCCCAGCCCCUACUUCAGCCCUUCUGCUGGGAGUAGCCGGGUGGGGAAAGGCCAGGCCAGUUACAUAAGCCCAUGGCUGGGACCCCGGAGGCCAGGCUGGAGAGCAGGUGCUUAGCCCCUCCCUCACCACCAACAGUGAAAAUCUCCCUCUGGAGCCCAGCCUCCAGGCAGCCCAGCAUGGAGGCAGCCACAGCUCCGGAGGUGGCCUCCUCAGGAUCCACACUGAAGGUGAAAGAAAUGAGCCCAGCGGAUGCAGAAGGACCCCCAGCUUCACCUCAACAGGAGGCCGGCAGCCCCAUUCCCCAGCUCCUGUCCCCUAUAGAAGAGCACCCCAAGAUCUGGCUACCUCGAGCCCUGAGGCAGACCUAUAUCCGGAAGGUCGGAGACACCGUGAACCUACUAAUCCCAUUCCAGGGCAAACCCAAACCUCAAGCCACCUGGACACAUGAUGGCUGUGCCUUGGAUGCCAGCCGUGUGAGUGUGCGCAAUGGGGAGCGGGACUCCAUCCUCUUCAUCCGAGAAGCCCAACGUGCUGACUCAGGUCGCUACCAGCUCAGCGUGCGGCUGGGCGAGCUGGAGGCCACUGCCACCAUUGACAUCCUGGUGAUCGAGAGGCCAGGCCCUCCUCAGAGUAUCAAGUUGGUGGAUGUUUGGGGCUCCAAUGCUACUCUGGAGUGGACACCUCCCCAAGACACAGGCAACACGGCACUCCUCGGAUACACCGUGCAGAAGGCUGACACAAAAUCUGGGCUGUGGUUCACGGUGCUGGAACGUUAUCACCGCACCAGCUUCACAGUCUCCAACCUCAUCGUGGGCAACUCCUAUGCAUUUCGAGUCUUUGCUGAGAACCAGUGCGGGCUCAGUGAGACAGCCCCCAUCACUGCUGACCUUGCCCACAUCCAGAAAGCAGCUACCCUUCGCAAGACUGGGGGGUUUGCACAGCGAGAUUUCUCUGAAGCCCCAAAGUUCACCCAGCCUCUGGCAGACUGCACCACGGUCAUGGGCUAUGACACCCAGCUCUUCUGCUGCGUCCGCGCCUCUCCCAAGCCAAAGAUCAUCUGGCUGAAGAACAAGAUGGAUAUCCAAGGCAACCCCAAGUACCGAGCCCUCACUCACCUGGGAAUCUGCUCUCUCGAAAUCCGCAAGCCCGGUCCCUUUGAUGGGGGCAUCUACACCUGCAAGGCAGUUAACCCCCUGGGGGAGGCAUCUGUGGACUGUCGGGUGGAUGUGAGAGCUCCUCACUGAGGCUUCCAAAGAAGAUUAGGGCAACUCUGACAAAGUAUAAGUUGGAAAAGAGGAUGCACAUCCAUCACAGAGAUGCAGACAGCAGAACACACAUAUACGUACAUAGCUAAUUAAAGACGAAGCACUAAGACUUGAGGGCUGGGAGACACUGAAGAAAUUGGAGCAGAGUCUCACUAAGCCUUGGGGAAAGAAUAAAGGUGAGGUGCUCUUGCUUACAUGUUUGCUUUCAUUCUCAUAACAAGUAAGAUAUUAAAGCCAUUCUGUAAUGGAAUCUGCAAAAGACAGCAACAGUUCCCCCCAUCUUGGCUAGCAAAGGGCAUCGUGCUCUUCCCAAAGAGUUGGGGUCUGUUCCCCUCCCCUCGCAUCUGGGCUGACCAUGUGACCUGCUUUAACCAAAAGAAUGUAGUGGAGGUGAUGCUGUGCCAGUCUGGGCCUAGACCUUAAGAGGUCUAGUAGUUGAAUCUCAGGACAGAUUUCCAAAUUAUGAGAGGCCGCAUGCAGGACAACCCAGCAUCCCAGCUGACAGCCAGCACCAUAGCCCUAGAUACAUGUGGCUGCCUGAGACCUUUCAGCGCUAGUCAAGUCCAAUCCACUGGGACUGGAGUAGAGAGGUCAUGGAGUAGAGACAGGUCCUCCUGGCAUGACUGUCUGUAAAAUCAAACUGUAAAAUCAUGAGAUCUGGUGUUUUGAGCCCUAAAUACUAGGGUGGUUUGUUACACAGUAGCACGUAACUGAAAUAGUCUUCUCGACAUCAGACACUGAACGUCAGGCUUUAUCACUUUUAAUCUCUAUUUUCCAAAUGGGGAAGUUGAAGUUCAUAAGCUGCUCCAAGUCACGAAGCUGGUAAAUUAGCAGAGCUAGGAUUGGAACCAGGUCUGCCUGACUUCAAGCUUUCUCUCUUUCCUCUCAUCUCUUUCACCCAAGCGACGCUCAACUGUAGCAGGUCUGGGGGGUGGGAUCAUGGGUUGUAAGAAAGAAAAGACCGCUAGGAGGCAGUAAAUCUUAGGCAAGGCUUUGAAGAGGAGGAGGGUGUGUUUCGGCUGAGAAAACUGAGACAGGCUUUUCUGUUCACACCAAAGGUCUAUUUUCAGCUGAGGCAAAUGUCUAUUCCAGCCUUUCUCAACUGGAACACUAUGAGAAUGCCCCAAUGCCCCCCAAGACAUCCAUUAUAUGUCAUGAUUAACUUUUUCCACGCAUCCAGAAUGUCACUAGUUAUGUAGCAUCUUGGGAAAACUGAGAAACUAGCCACACAAAUUAUUUGUACGGUCAAAUGCCCUUGCGGGACCCCUUGCUGCAACUGCCAGGUUGGGGAGAGAGGGGGACCAGAGUCCAGAGCCAGCUAGUCGGGGACACAAUGGCCAGGAGGCCUCCCUUCAGCUGAAGCAGGGCCGGGGUCAGGAAGGAGUGGAAUACACCCAGCUACAAUGCCCUAAGGAUCAGUUAGACCUCUGGCCUCAGCCCACGGCCCCACGCCUCUGCUAUCAAAGUACUCAAGGUUCCUAUACGCUGAACCUUCACGGUGAAGGAAUAAAAUCUUCACGCUGAACAAGACUUCCAGUCAUAGUUAAUCUUCCCACAUUCAAGAAGAACUGUACUGGAAUCCUUAAUUUUGUCAUUUAUGCCCUCAACACUAGGGAGUUCCUUCUGAAGUAAGGUCUACCACGUGCCAGGGAGGGGGUGUAAUCUCUUCAUUAAUUCGUCUAUUCACUAUUUAUCCAAAAUCUUGAACAUCUGUUCAUAGAUGUCAUUUUAGGGGUUGGGCUGAGGGGGACAAAUAAUUCCCAGGUUAGUGGCCUUAGGCUGAGUAAAGAAUUCUUGUGCCUGAAAUCUAUAUUUUCUGGUUUUGUUGUUAUUCUGAUGGAGGAGAAAGUAGUUCAAUUGCUUUUUUUCUGGUACUGCAACAGCUUUCAAAAUCAUAACUGGGUGACAGGAAAUUGGAGAUGAGUUUCCAUAGGAGGAACUAACUUCCAAUUUGCUACAACUACGUCCCCACUCACCUGAGGU